GAAAGCCCUUCCUCUUUGUGUGACACAGAUGAUGUAGAAAUCCCAUGACAAACCCCAGUAAACACAUUCUGUCCCUUGUGUCUGCAAGGCUUCAGCUCCAGGUGGGGGUAGGCUGCAGGAGUCUGGGCCAUGUUCUCCCAUCCUGGCACCCUGCUGGUCCUUGUACUCUGCCUGAGUUGGACAAUACGUGGACAGGAAGAGAAACUGCCCCCACCCUUCAUCUCUGCUGAGCCAGACCAUGUGGUCUCCCAGGGGAAGUCUGUGACCAUCCUGUGCCAGGCCCCUGCUGGUUUUGAGAUUUUCCGCCUGGAGAAGGGAGGUGUCAAGAUCAAGGAUGAGAAGAACUCUCUGUCUUCUGUGACAGUGGCAAGAUUCCCCAUUGACUCAGCGAGUGAGGACACUGCUGGGCAGUACCACUGCAUCUAUCAGAAAGAGUCCAUCUGGUCUUUGCGCAGUGAGAUCCUGGAGCUCACAGUGACCAGUGAAGAUGUAAUGCUGGACCCUGCCCCAGUCUCAGCUCUGCCCUCAGACACCAGUGGAUUCUUCAGGACCUCCCCGACAAAGCCCCGGCUCUCUGCAGACUCACCUGGCCUUAUGAACCAGCACCUUUAUAUUCUCAUCGGAAUCUCUGUGGUCAUCCUUCUUUGUCUCCUCCUCCUUCUCUUUUGCCUCCAUCGUCAGCAUCAGAUGAAACAGGGGACACCCAGUGGCAAUGGCCAGGAGAAAAGGCCACAGGAAAGGCUCAGCCAGACUGUUGGGCAUCUAGAGAAGACACCAGGUAAAGGGGAGAUGAGAGGAACAGAUAUGUCUACAGCUGAAAGACUUCCUGAGAUGGACACAGAGAAGGAGGACUUGAUUCCUGCUGCAGGAAGUCCCCAGGAGGUGACAUAUGCUCAGCUGGACCCCCUAGCUCUCAGGGCACAGAGAGCAGAGAAACUUGUGCCCUCACACUACACAGAGCCCUUGACUGAGUCCGCCACAUAUGCAACCAUUGCCAGACCCUGACCCUGGCCCCACCUGGCUCCUGCACCUGAGGACACAGAAAGCCAUUCUUGGAAGAUGGUGAAGCAGCCAUCAGGAGGGGUUCUUUUUACACUCGUCCUGAUCUGGAAUCCAGCUCUGCUGGAGAUGAGUGGUGGAGCCUGGAGGGCUCUACUCAACAUCUAGGAGAAAUAACAAGGUGUCUCUUCCACAACUGACCAGCCUUUGGAGAGACUGUGUUGCAGCUGCUUCUAGAAUCCAAGCAACAUCAUCCUGGAUGUCUCCAAAGACUCAGCUAGAGCACCCUGGCUGUCCUCCGAGACCCAACUGCAACCCCCUGGCUGUUUCUGGAGAUCCAGUUGCAGCACCCUGGCUGUUUCCUCAGUUGCCCAGGUUUUUUCAUGGCUAGUUUUUCAGUUGCCCAGCUUCCCCCAGAUGUCUCCUGGGAAGCCCACCUGUCCCCAAGACUCCAUAUUUAUGAUCUGCUCAGUGGACUCAAAAUCCUCCCCAGACCAUAGCAUUGACCCCAAGCCUGAGCUGUACCCAUACAGCUUGGAGCUGAACCCAUUCUGUCCAUCAGACAUCUCUUGGUGCAUCAGUGGACACUUUAACACAAUGAACACCCACACCCCUGUGCUGGUUCUGGAUGCACAGGCACGUGCACUCCAUAUCUGCCUUCAUAACUUUUCUGAGCUUAGUGGGGAAAUGUGUCCAUACAUCCUUUGUUCUUUAAAACAUUUCUAAUUGACCAAGACUGCAUGCAUUCAAGGGCUGCACCUUGAGGACUUGAAUGUGCAUAUGCUGUGUGGCCAUAAUUACAACCAAAUGUGCUGCACAUCUGCCACCUGCCACAAGGUACAUUAGACUCCCUGACCCUGUACAGUGUCUGAUGAGUGAAGCCUGGUCCCCCAUACAGUGUGUGGAUCUGGGAGGGAGGAGAGAAAGGUGAUAUAAGGCUUAGUGAGGGCAGAGUGGUUCCUCCUACCCACAACUAUACGUGCACACACACACACACCACAUGGUGCACAUAGAGCAGAAGCCCUAGCCCUGUGUGUGUUGGGAAGUAUCAGUUUCUCUGCCCCUCUGUCCAGGCCAGAUUCUCUCCUCAGAUUGAAACAGAAAAGUUAUCCUGAGGACCACAAGGAGGCGAGAAUAUACCAUACUAAUUGUGUGCAGUCUUCAAAACAAUCACCACAAAAAACCCCAACAACACCAGAGAGAAAAAAUUUUUUUUGAGUAUUCAUGACUUUAAAAAUGAGCAAGCAAACAAACAAGCAAAAAAGGAUGUUCAGAGAAAGGUGUGACCCUGGCAGAAUUGAUGAUGUAAACAUAUACAUAUCUGCAUGUAUCUAUACCUGUAUAUGUUUCAAGGUAUCAUGUAAUGUUUCCUUUAAAACAUAUGUAUAUAUAAUAUAAAUAUAUAGAAAUAUAUAGUAUAUAAAUUCCUUUAAAACAUAAUGUAUAGAUAGUAUUAUUUAACAAUUGAAGAAAGGAGCAUAAAAACAAGUGAAAUAACAGAAAAUAAACCUUGCUGGGGAUGUAGCUCAGUGUAGUUGAGUGUCUGCUUAGCAUGCAUGAGAUCUGGUUUCUAUUCCCAAUAAUACAAAAGAAUGCCUGUUAUAGGGAUUUAUGUAUGAAAAAAAUUUAAAUAUUAAAAAAAACCCUCAUUGAGCUCUCA